CACGAGGGGGCAGCACGUGCAUCAGUAGCCCACAGCAGCAGGUCAGAAAGACGAGCAUGAACCAGCUUUACUUCGUGAUUCAGACUGGAUAUGGAUGAAAAAGCAGAAAAAUGAGAGGCUUAGUGAGCAGUUUUUAACUUUGUGGCUUUAAAAUGAAAGAUGAGCUCAAACCUGGAGUUCUAAUAAACUAAAUACCAGUUUUAGAGGAGGUGUUGGUUUCUGAGAAAUGAAAAUUAACAAAAGACUGAGCAUCUGAUUAGUGGUAUUAAUGGUACAAUACUGGCUCUGUUGGGCCAGCGGGGGCUCGUUCCUGGUACCACCCCCAGGUAAAUGCCACUGAAGGAGACACCUGCUGACAUCUGAUCUGAGUGUGACUGAUUCUCCAUGUGGCAGGUUUUAUUUUCUUCCCUGCAGAUUUCUAGAUUUUGAGAGGAACUGAGGCAGGAAAAGCUGAUGAGAUGAAAGCAGAUUAAAGAGUAAAGAGGAGGAGAAAGGGGAGUUAAAUAAUGGAGGAAUGAGAGAAAAGAGGAGGGGAGAACGGUGCUCUCUGUUCAUUUAUGCACUGAUGUUUUUCCUCUGGAGCAGUGAGAAGGAAGAAACGGAGCAAUUAAAGGUCUUUUUUUACUCUCAGGCGUUCUCGUAUGAUGGGAUUUUAACCAUCAACCCCCAUCAUCUGAUGUGACCCUAAACAGCGAUGCGGAGAGGCUUUGACUUGAUGUCGAAGGAGAAGAUGGUUUCAAAAUGCUUUUUCCAUCGAUUUGACCGAAUUGGACAUCAGCUGGAAACUGAAUUAAUCGGGAAGUAGGUUCCUUCCUGGUCAUUUUGUAGGUGAAAAUUUUACCACUGGUAGAGACCUUCAGUAGGAUAACAGGUGGAAAUCAUCUCCAUGGCAACACCAUCAAAUCUAACAACACACAUAGAGGAGAACAGCCAACUGGAUUCCAGUAUCCUGGGGGAAUUGGAGCUUUUUGACCCUCUAGGAAACAUAGAUCCCAAUGCUAACCGGGGGGCGGAGCCAAACUUCAACCUCAACUUCAAUCUGAAUUCUCCAAGUAACCCGCGCCCCAUCACAAAGGCCUUAAAGCUCCAAGCAACUAACAAAAAGGACAGAAACAAAGAUGGAGGGGAACCUGGAGUAAAGGGUGAGGUAACCAUGGAGACCAAGGCUACGCUGAUGUCACCUGGUGAGAAACAAAAGAGUAUCGUUCCAACAUCUUCUAGGUCACGGAUCUCUCAGAUGGUCGUGAACAACAGAGACGUACGACAGAAAUUACAAAUGAGCAGCGCCAGAACCACAGACAGACACAGAACAGCAACAAAACCUGGUUCUGCUCUGACCACCGAAGCAAGAGCGAAGACCACCAAGAUGACUGUGAGCCUCACCAUAAAAACAGGCCCAAGAGUUCACAGUCAGAAAGAAGAUCCAAAUCCCAUCAGUCCGCCAACAGAUGUGUCUAAAACCAGCAAAAUGAAGCCAGGAGCAGCCCUGAAAACCCAAAUGUCCUUCACAGGUGCAAGGAAACCCACCUGGACCAGAACCAGUGGAACAUCAGAGUCCAAGGAACGUUUCCAUGCUAAAGAUUCAAGUACUGGAUUAGAGUCCAAAUCUAGACCCAAAUCCAGCUCAAGCUUUAAAGCAACAAGGGCAUCCAAGGACAGUCUUUGUUCAAAAACCAGUACAAACUCCAAAUCCCAAACUGGGUCCAGAGACACUCUGGAUUCAAAAAGCAGCUCAGCUUCUAAAAGCAGUUUGGACUUCAAGGACAGCUUAAACUAUAAAAUGGACUGGAGCUCCAAAGCUGCUCCCAAAUUUAAGAUUGGUCUCAGCGACACUCUAGACUUAGAAACCAGCACAAAACCCCAAACAACGAAAACCCACAAAGAUUCUCAAAAGGUUUUUUAUUCAGGGUCUGACUUGAAGGUCGGCUCUGUUUCUGAUCUCAUCUCAAGGUAUGACUUCGAUGCCACCCAGUCAUCUCCUACCCUAAAGCCACCUGAUUUCUCCGUCAAUGUUCUUAGGUCUGUUUCCUUAUCCCUCCUUUCCAGAGGAAGACUUAAAACCACGGGUUCUACAGCUGAGUCCAGUCUAGAUCCAUCAGAUUCUCCCAGGUCUGGACCAGUUUGGUCAAAUUCAAAGUCAGCUCUGGAAAAAUCAGCUUUGACAACAUCUUUGAUAUCAGUAAAUCGAAAUAUGGACUCCAGACCUGGGACAAGUCUUGGUCUAAGUUCAGCUGGACCAAACAAGGAAGACCAGAUAAGUCCCAGUUCUUCAUCAGGACUCUUGGCACCUUUGGGCUCCUCAAAGCCUAAAAUCAAAAUCAUGGGAGAAUGUUCACAAGACGUAAUACAUCCCAGCAGCUCAUCCGGUAAUACUGGUCUGACUCGGGGUCUCACCUUUGACUCCAUCCCCAAGACAACAGAAAAAAUUAAGAACGAUUCAGACAAGGAACGCUUUAACCUGACCCAGAGCAAAGAGAGAGCCAAGGGAGGUCUGGAGGUAUCCCAGCAGACCGUGACUGACAACAAUGGGUGUUUGUCAGGAGACAAUGGAAGGACACCAGACCCCUUCCUGAGUAAACUGGAUCAACUGGGUAAUGCAAAUACCAUCCAAUUGCCAAGGCUAAUGAGUGCAAAAGAAGAGAAGAAGAAGCUGGUGUAUAGGAAACAGAGUGAUGGUCUGGGGAAUUCUUCAUCAGCCCUUCCUCCAUCUACUGAUGCAUCAGCCUCCAGUUGGGUCAAGGAGACCGGGACCAUGACUGAGCUGUUUGAGAGAAUCCAUCAUUGGCCAGGAAGUACGAGAGACGUGGGCAUUCAGGUGGAAGUAGUCAAAUGCUCGGCUUCCACAAGUCCCAGCCUCCAGCAAGGAGCUCCUAUCUCCUCUCUGAUGUAUCAAAUCGACAUUGAGCUGAGUGGCCAAACAGACAAUGCAAGGAAGACAAGUUGCCUCCCUCCCUUUUUACGUACAUUUGGCUUCCAGCAAAACCCUGCCCUUGAUGGUAUGGAAGACAGUACAAGACACACCUGGGAAGAUGGGAGCAGAGAUGAUAAAAAGACCCAGAAUGAGAAGGAAGAACUUUAUGGGUGUGAAGUACCAACAGACAAGCCUCAGCAGGUGGAGUGGGAUGAAAAGGGGAUGACAUGGGAAGUUUAUGGCGCCUCCGUAGACCUUGAAUCCCUUGGAAAGGCCAUCCAGUCCCACCUGGAGUCAAAGAUUCAGGAGCAGGAGAAACACAUCCAGACUCUGAGGAAGUCUGUCUGUUCCAAAGGCAGCUCCAGAGGCCACAGGAGGACGAAGAAACGCCGAAGGUUUCUGGGUUGUUGCAGGAAGGGGUCCACUGUGGCAGAAUGAGAUCAGUCCAGAAAGCUGACAUCUGUCAUACACGUGAAUUUCACUAAUGAGUUUAAAACACCAACACCGUCCGUGUGAUUAUUGGCCACACCUGAUCCAAAAUGUACUGGACCCACUUGGAGAGGGAGGUUUCGGGUAGAUUCACUGUCCCAUUGAUGCAACUGUUGGAAACAAACCAAGAGCAGCAUUCAAAAUGUCUUGAAACGUUCUUGAGAAGUCUCACUUUUAUUGCAAGUCAUAAGGUCUUCCUCUCACACGGCCCGACUCUUGAACACGUUCUCCAAAAUAGUCAAAACUUUGUAGCGGGCCUCCAAACAGGAGAGACAACACUGAAAGUUGUUGGUGACCAAAAUAAGACAGUUUGUGAUAAAAAGGCAUCAAGACAUGUAUAUGCAUCACAACCAAUGUACCUUUGGUUUAAACCAUUGUGGUCGAAUGAAAACGGGUACAUUUGUGUUUAUGUUUUAGUUUUAUUGAUCAAAGCUUGUCUUGCAAGAGUGAAUGCAAUCAAAGAGUCUUUCUAGACAAGAACAAGUCAAUCAGGACCAGAGAGCUGAAGCAUCCUUCAGCUGUGAUGACCACAGAGGUCUUUAUUUAGUCAGAUGUACAGAUUUACUCUUAACCGGUGCUGGUUGUUGAUGAAGAGAGGACAGCAGGGUCGUUUCUGCUACAUAUUUAAUACACUUCCUGUUUUAUGAAACUCACAAAAUACAUACUUAAACACCCAGCAGCUCACAGGAGUUUAAGUCAAGGAGUGGUUUCUGCCGAUUUCUUAAAUUUUCUUAAAUUUUCUCAUCUAUUGUUGUACUAUCUUCACUGUCUCCAUCUGUAUUUGUUUCUGUGUCGGAUGUUUACCUUUCAUUCCCUUACUUAAUCUUACCUCUUCUUGUUUUUUUCUCUUUCUGUUACACGUUUCCACACUAAUCAGUUCCUCUAUAAUAACAAAGUUUUUAAAGCUAAUAAAAAAUUCCUCAUUUUUUGAAUUUUUUCCACAUAUGAGCAAAUGUCGUCCUAGCUUUUCAUCCUUCCUUCUUCACCCCACCCCCACCCCCGAUGGAUGCUGUUGAUGGAGCUGAACUGUUGAUUUGAAUAAUUCAGAAACAUUAAAGUCACGUUGAUGUUAA